AUCUGCCAGUACAACAUCCUAGCCAUAUACCUCGUCCACCGGCAUUCACGUCAUUCUCAAACAAUAAUAGCAGCCUGCCACUGCAAGUCGCUGAGAUUUGCCAUUUCUCUCCAUCUUCGCUGUGAACUCGUAGCCGUGACCGGUUCUUCGGCUAACGAUCGUCGCUAUCCCUCCCCGACCGUCACCGCGCAGCGCAUAUUCAUAAGAGACAUCUUCAAGGAAACAAGGGCACUGAGUUUGCGAAAAUAGCGGCAACAGGAAUACUCAUAGACAAUGGAGUCGCCAAAUGGAUUCCCCGAGUCGCCUCUGGACCAGGAGGAGGUGUUUCCUUGCAGAGGUUGUGGAGAGAUUCUAGAAGAAUGCAAAGCCUUUGAACUCGCUGGCAACCGAUGGCAUAUCGAAUGCUUCAAAUGCAACACUUGCGGCGAUCCACUCGACUCCGAUGCCAACCUGCUUCUCCUUGGCGAUGGCACCCUCAUAUGCAACAAGUGCACUUAUUCUUGCAAUGCGUGUAAUCAGAAGAUUGAAGAUCUGGCGAUUCUCACCGGCGACCAAGCCUUUUGUGCGAAUUGCUUUCGAUGCCGGAAUUGCAAGAGAAAGAUUGAGAACCUACGGUACGCCCGCACAUCUCAAGGCAUUUUCUGUAUGUCUUGCCACGAGUCAGUGAUGGCGCGCAAGCGGAAGAGGUCAAGACAAAAGCAGCAAGCUGCUGCGAACGGCAGCACGCACUAUGAAAAAUCUCUCCCUGCGCUUCCACCCAAAGAUGCCCCACCAGAGAGUUACAACGGGUCAAGAGAUAUGUCUUCGAAUGCACAUAGGUCAAUUGACAGGACCGAGCGUUCGCCGUCAAAUAUGUACAGAGACACUUCUCCCACGUCUCAUAACGAUCAAAGAGACAAUCUUAUUCUACCCGCUAGCACUUACCGCCCCUCUGUAGAAACACAGCAAGAUGAUGAAGUUGAGGGUCCUGAUGAAUUCUUCAUCCCACUGGCGUUCGACCCUACACCUGCGCCUGGACCUUCCCCACAUGCUCAAGGUCGCGCCUACAAUGAGGACACGAGUGCAGGAGCGAUGGAACCUCAGCCGUCGAGAGACUACUUCAACAGUGUCAGACCGUCACAACAGUCCCACAGAGACCAUCUGGGAGAUGAACGCGGACCUCCUUCAAGAUCGCCUUCCGCCGACCGCGACCGUCCACAGAAGAACAGUCCUCAUAUAGCUUAUCAAGAGAAAGGACGUCAUCCCUCAGAUAACCUUGUGGAUACUCUACGUAGGAAGAAGGACGUGAACAUGACGACGGGUGCAUCGCCGAGCGUUGCUCCAGACCGUUCAAGACCACCGAAUACCGCACAACACUCCGCUUCACCAUCCAGUGGUCGCAGUGAGCCAGUGCCUAGUGAUGGAUUCAGGUUGCAAGAGCCCCCUAGAACCAAGAGGUCGGACUCGAGGAGAAACUCAAAAAACGACUCAUGGUCGUCUAAUCAGGCACCGACCAACGAUACUGCCGCGCGCACCAAGAGUUCACCAGUUGAGCUGCCCACAAACUUCAACACGCAGGAGCUGCCGACGUCAUAUAACCAGACGCGGGAAGACACGGUGACAAAUCAGCAGCCCCAGCGGUCCAAACGUGAGGACGGAGUAAGUAGAAGCAUCACAGCUAGACUCUCCACGGACGGAAGGCCCUCUCCGUCUACCCCAACACCCCGCGCACAUGAGCGAAAGACGUCGACAUCAUCAGUGCGCAACAGUCGCGACCCAACAUCUGCUGUACAGACUAAUGUAGGUCUAAACAUCUCAAGCCCGAUCGAGUCUCCAGUAUCCAAGAGUAUCCACGAUAUGUCCAUACCGCCCCGCGCGCCCAGUCGGCCAACGCAUUCAGGCCAUAUCGCGUCAAAAGAUUCCUACACCACCCCUCGUGCUCCACCCGCGCCUCCUGGUCCACCAAGCUCAUCUCAUAAUGCGAACGAGUCCGUCAGCUCUGCCCAGAGCGACGGUUCGCAAGCGCAAGGCUCAUCGCCAGCCAUCUUGAGAUACAGUGGUGGUCCGGAAUUCUCUCUCGAAGCCGAUGUCGCGCGCAUCAUGGGAGAUGCUGAAUCGAACGAGAAGGAAUCGUCUGUCCUACGCCGAGUGUCCAACGCCGUUUCGAAGCACGGGCGCAGCUUCAGCGAUCGCGGUAGCUCGCGUGCAUCGACAGGUAACAAGCAUAGACACGGAGCGAACGGUUCUGUUGAUAUCGGCAGCCCUACGACUGCAUCGCCUGACACCAAGGACGAGCUGAUCGAGCUUAGGAACAACCUCCGGCGUGCAAAUCAGAAGAUUGCCGAGCUCGAGGCAGACAGAAUGAGUUGGCAAGACAAGAUGAACAGUCACGCCGAUAUCAAACAAGCAAAUACUGAGCUGAAAGAGAAACGGUCAACAAUGGCUGUGCUAGAUACCCAACGGGAGAUGAUCAUUCGCGAGCUUGAGAUCAUCACAGAUCGCCUCGCCAAGGCCAAGGAUUCCAACAGGCCGAUUGACACUUCUUCUUUGAGAAGCGACAUCUAUGGCGAAUUCUCUCGCUCUCUCGAGAAGCUGAAGGACAAUCUUGGUCACCAGAUUGAGUCUUUGAUGCAGAACAGACAAGAGCUGACGACUGAGAUCUCAAACUUGAUUCAGAUGAAAGACAAAGGCUUUCAAGAGUACGAAAGCUUGACAUCCAAGAAUCAACAACUAAUUGAGAUGAACAAUCAAUUGGUACAGAAUAUUCAAGGAAUGUACAAAGCAAACAAAGUAGCCCAGCCAAAGACGUCGUUCGAAAGCCCACGGCCUAAUAACGCAGAUGCGCUUGGGAUAUAUCGCAUGCCCGCAGAAGAGAAGUCGAAGCAGUCGAUGGAGAGUCGGACUAUGAGCACCGAUACUUCCGGUCAAAAUCUGCUCAACGACGUAGACCCAGACCAGACCGUCAUAUCCAAGCCUCAAAUUGUGGACGUCAAGAAAGCAAAGGCAAACAAGUUUGGGAAUUGGAAGAAGGGUGGAGGAGCCGCAGCCAAAGCUUUGGGCAAGAACAUUAAGGGUGCAUUUGCAUCUACCAACCAACAGCCAACGACACGGGGCGACGAGCCUUACCAGCUGAUCAGCAGCCCUUACAACUCUACAGCGCCAACGGACCAGUUCAAUGGGCCUGCCGUACCGUCUCCCUCGACGACCAAGCCAGGCGACCCCCAGAGAAGUGGCAGCGGGUUCGGUUUCUUCGGUGGCCAGCAAAAGGGUGUCGUCCCGGGCAAGCCAUCCCAGUUGAAGAAUGCUACAAAUAACGACAGCAAUCCCAGAGAGGACGCCGUGUCGCCGUCGACACUGUUUGGAUCUGAUCUAGUGCAGCGAUGCAAUUAUGAGAAGCGCAUCAUCCCGAACAUUGUCAUCCGCUGCAUCCAAGAAGUUCAGAUGCGUGGUAUGGAUCUCGAAGGUAUCUACCGAAAGAGUGGCAGCCAAAGCGCAGUCAACGCUAUCCGCGACGGGUUCAAUUCGAACGACGACUAUGAUAUUUCCGACCCAGACAUGGACAUUACUGCCGUGACAUCAGUUCUCAAACAGUACUUCCGAAAGUUACCCAACCCUCUGAUAACUGUUGACAUCUACGAUCGGUUUCUGGCCGCUGGAGCCAUCCAGGAACGGGAGAAGCGGAUCGUGGAGAUUCGCAACGUGCUGAACGACCUUCCAAAACCGCAUUUCGAAUGCCUACAGUUCCUGAUCUUUCAUCUCGCUCAGGUGACUACCAAACCAGAGACCAAGAUGAGCGCGUUGAACCUGGCAGUAGUGUUCGGCCCGACCAUCAUGCGCCCUGAUUCGAUCGAACGAGAGAUGACCGAUACGAACCAUGUAAAGAACUCUGUUAUUGCUCUCAUUGAGGGCGUGAAGGACAUUUUUGGCACGGAAGCAGCCUGAGCAGCCGGCGUUAUUUCUGGUGAUGGAAUUUGGCUUUGCACGUAAUCUUCGCACGCACCUUGCGGCAUCCCUUUCGUUCAGAGCGAUUACUCCAAGGAAGGAUCUCACGGAUCCCCCGGGCGCGCUAAAGGUCACAGUCACGGUUCUGACAACUAGUCUGUUCUGAAUUUGCUCGACCUGCCCGCGCUCCCCUUUCUGCACUCAUUGUUUCGAG